AUGGUGUCCUCCUGGCGCCACACUCAAUGCGUCUUUUAUCUGGACGUGGGGCAGUGCCGCCAUUCUGAGACAACCGGAAAGUGGUCCAUGGGGGUGGGGGCAGGGAAUGUGCUGGAGGACACUGGAGAGGAGGUUUGUAACCCCCAAAUGCUGCUGCUGUCAGGAAACUGGAGGUACCGCAUGGAUCUGUGGGUGGAACUCACCCCGAGUUACCUCGGGUAUCGGCUGGAGCAGACCAGCCAGGAGGUGCGGCUCUAUCUGGGUCAGGUGUUGGGGGAGGGCGUGGUCACCGAGGGCGGCUGCCGACCCGGAAGCAGUCCCAGGGAGCGCGAGCUGGACCUUGAAGCGAGAGAAGGGCAGUAG